AACCGUUUCACCCAUCUACUAACCAUAACUUUCAUCAAUCCAUUAAUCGCCUGUGAAGCAUAAAGUGGUAUACGUUAGUCGCUUGCAGGGAAACACGGACAAACUGUCUGCGUGCCAUUGGCCAAUCUAGCUAGUUGUAUUGCACUUUAGUAGGCAAGGAUCACUAAGGUUUACCUGGCAUGUUAAGCGUUCAGUAACUGUGCGCCAUGGACAACUCGGACUUUCGCAAGUUGCUGGAGACUCCCCGAGCGGAGCGAUGGGGAAAUCAGACACCUAGUAACAAUAAGCCGCAAGCGGUCCGCAAGGAAAAGCAGGCGGGUGAGCACAAGCCCCAUCGUCCGCAUGGCAAGCCUGGAUUCAAGAAGCCCGCGGAUAAGGGCAAGCCAGAGGACGAUGAGGACGAUGGAGGUCCGAAAUACAGAGAUCGCGCCGAGGAGCGACGUCGCGGCAAGAACGUCGACUACGAAGACGCCUCCGCCGUCCUGGCCGCCCUAGCCGGAGGCGGCGGAGGAGGGGCAGGAGGUGGUGGAGGUGCGGAGCUGGGGGGCGGCGGCGGUCCGGGUGACGUGGACCUGUCUAAGCUGAGUGAGGAGGAGACCAAGUACCUGGGCGGUGACAUGCGGUUCACGCAUCUGGUGAAGGGUCUGGACUACGCGCUGCUGCACAAGACCCGCUCCGAGAUCACUCGCAAGAAGGACGGACCUGACGAAGACGAGGACGAGGAAGAUGAGGAGGUGGGAGGAGGGAAGCCGGGCGGUCGCAGCAGCAGCAACGCCUCCCGCGACGCUCAGGCGCGCGCCGCCGCCGCCGCCAAUGCCGCCGCCGCGGCGGGUCGCAAGGAGGAGGUUCGCUUCACCACCCCCCUCGCGCGGUCGGUGUUUAGCACGCUGUUCGUACCGCCGCGGGGGAAUGUACGGGAGAUGUACCUCCCCCGUCGUACGGCAUUCGUGUACGACUUUGAUAACGAGGACUCCCUGGACACCGACAUUCCCACCACGCUAAGGCGACCCAAGAGCGAGUGCCCGCCGGUAGCUGAGACGCUGUUUGCGGGGGUGGACAAUGCCGUACUGGACCGCAUCGCUCGCAUCCUGUCGUACGUUCGUACGACAGCCGACGGCAAGCGGCUGAAGCGCAGGGACCGAGAUGCACUGCUGGGCAUCAAGCAAGAAGGCGCCGACGGGUCGCAAGCCGGCGGGGCGGCGGCAACAGCAGCCGCGGGAGGAGCAGCAGCAGCGGCAGCAGCAGGUCGUGCUGCUGCUGGCGGCGGCGGCGGGCGCCCCCCGGUGGACGAGGAUGAUGACAUCUUUGGCGAUGCGGGCAGCGACUACAAGCCCACCAGCAGCAAGGCGGGGGGCAAGGCAGGGGAGGGGGCGGCGGGGAAGAAGGACCAGCAGGCGGCGGGCAGGCGCCCCGACGGCUCCUACUUCGACACGCAGGACACCAUGGCCGACAUACCCAUGCCGGGGACCAGCAUACGCCGUACGGCGGGGGCGGGGGCUGCAGGAGGAGGCACCGAGGCUGCGGGCGGGGGCGGGGGGGACGACAUGGAUCUGGAGGAGGGGGAGAUGGCGGCACCUCCUCCACCACCUCCGCCACCCCCGCCGCUGCCCCCUCAAACGGGUGGGGUCAUGAUGCCGGGGUACGGAGGAGCAGCAGCAGCCGCUGUCGUACAACAAUACCCGGAUGCGGCAGCUGUGCAGUACGGUGGUAUGUACGACCAAGGGCAGUACGGGGCUGUCGUACAGCAGCCGUACGGGUACGAUCCGAGCGGCAUGGCGGCGGUUGGUGGUUACGGUGCGGCUGCUGGGAUGUACGACAUGACUCAGUACGGCGCAGCUGGGGUGCAAUACCCGGGGCAGGCCGCCGCUGCCCCCCUCCCCAACGCGUACGGCACCUCCGAGGAGCCCAAGUGGCGCAGCAGAACCAAGGACCCCAAGUCCCGCGCGCUGGACGACGGUGAUGCCGACGACGACGCCUACGCGGAGUGCUACCCGGGCAUGGCUGGCUUCGUGGGAGCGCUGGUGGACUCGGACGAGGAGGGCGGCGGGCCGCUGGAGCACAUGGACAGCAAGCAGGCGGGCAGGGGGAAGACCAGGGCCGACUUCGCCACCGACGAGGAGUGGCAGCGUCACAAGCAGUCCCGCGAGAGCCUGCCCCGCGCGGCCUUCCAGUACGGCGUCAAGCGGGCGGACGGGCGCAAGAGCCACAAGGAGCUGGAGAAGGGCGCCGUGACGGAGCAGCGGCAGCGCGACCAGAAGCUGGACGGCCAGCUGCGCAAGAUCGAGCGACUGCUUGUGGACAAGGGACACGAGCACGCGGGCGCAUUCGCUAAGAAGCCGAAAGACGCGGGGGGAGAGGGGGGCGGUGCGGGAGGUUUGGGAGGGCGGGGGGAUGAGACGCCGGCGUUCCGAAAGCGGCAGCGGAUUUGACGAGGGAGGGAGGGAAGGAGGAUUUGCUGAGGGAGGGGGAUACGAUGGAAGCGGCAGUUGCGGAUGUAGGUGCGAGGCGCAGAGAACAGGAAGUCGGUACGGGUGCGGUGUGUUGUGUGUUAGCGCGGGCUGCUGCGCACUGGCGUUGGCUAUGUACCUGGCAUGUUGCGUGUUAGUGUGCGGCUCUCGUAUGAUCACCUUGACCUUGGAGGCGGGGGGGCGGCAGCUGAUAGCGGCUGUUGGGCUGGUUGAUGGUUGUUGAACAGGUAGACGACUUCAGUUGUAGUAGUACCGAUAUGUGUGCGUGUACGGCAGACACGCAGCAAGGGUGGCAGUGCUGGCGGGAGGGGGGAGGGGAGGCCCGGAGGCCGUUCGCUGCGGAGCGCACCGCAUCGGGCACUGUUGCACUUCUCACAACUGGCGAGCAUUCCUGCUGGGGUGCUCGGGUGCGCUUGGAUAGAUGUAGUCAGAUGUAGCUGAGCUAGCUAAGAGUGCUAGGGAGUUGAGGAAUGGAGAGAUCCGUGCGGGAGGUUUACCGAACAGCCGAGCAGGCUGUACAAUUGCGGACUCACUG